AUGUCGAACCCACCUCCACAGAAGACCACUCAGCCCCAGAUCGCCCUCGGUGACGACAUGCCUACUUUCAACCUCGUCCUCGACCCCUCCCGUCGCGUCAAGCACCCCGACCACGUCUACACUGCCGACCGCAAGGGAAGUAAGCCUGAUGAGAAGCCCGUCGAACCACCUACCCCAGCUCAGAUCGAAGCUCUCGACAAGUAUCACGCUGAUAUGCGCAAGUUCGCCGAGGAUGCCCUGCCUGAGCGCAACGGCCUUCUUGUUCCCUGUGAGGAUUGGUUCUGUACUGAUCGUGGCCAUAAGAGCUAUGAUCUUUCUCUUGAACUUGCUGACGAUGAGCAAGGUGACGACAAGAAACACUACAUCAACAGCCGACGUUGA